CAUACAGCUGCGCACUUUCAUUUCUUCGCCGCUCUAAACAGUGGUUGCGUCACGCAUGUGGUAACUUCCAGGUGUUUGCAUUCAGAUCAGAGAAGAAGAGAUGAGUUUCGCUUUGCAGAAAAAAAAGAAUUAGCUAUAAAGGACAUUACUAGGCUUAGAAUCGGCACAUGGGUUCAAGUACUCGCAGAUUCCGAUGCUAGAAUUUUGUUGUGGAUCGGCCGCAUUUCCCAUACUGGUAUCGGAACAACUCUUGUAAAAUCUAAGUAUAAGUUGUGGAGAUCAGAUUGAUCAGAUUCACCUCUGCAGCUCCAUCAUGGAUCAAACACAAACAUCAGCAGAUGAAGAUUUUUCUACAGGAUGCAGGUCAGAUCAUCAGAAGAGAUCAGAUCCAGAGUUCAGAUGUGUGUCUAUGAAGAGUGACGUGUCUAUUGAUCAACCAUUGAAUUUUAAGAGUGAUUAUACAAGGCUUAAUCUAAGUUCAGAUCAUCAGAAGAGAUCAGAUCCAGAGUUCAGCUGUGUGUCUAUGAAGAGUGACGUGUCUAUUGAUCAACCAUUGAAUUUUAAGAGUGAUGAUACAAGGCUUAAUCUAAGGUCAGAUCAUCAGAAGAGAUCAGAUCCAGAGAUCAGAUGUGUGUGUAUGAAGAGUGUCGUGUCUAUUGAUCAACCAUUAAAUUUUAAGAGUGAUGAUACAAGGCCUAAUCUAAGGUCAGAUCAUCAGAAGAGAUCAGAUCCAGAGUUCAGCUGUGUGUCUGUGAAGAGUGUCGUGUCUAUUGAUCAACCAUUGAAUUUUAAGAGUGGUGAUACACGGCCUGGUAACAGACCAGAAGUAACCGAACCCGACUGUGAUUGUAGGAAGAUUGAGCAAUCUGAGAAUCAAACACCAGACAUCAAUGAAAACAUGAGUCCUUGUUUCAGCCAUGAGUCUUAUAUUGCUGAAUUCCUAAACACAUUCAGAUCAAAUCUGAGGAUGAAGUUUGAGUGUUUGUAUGAGGUAACAUCAAAUAAGGGAAACCCAACACUACUGAAUGAGAUCUACACAGAGCUUUACAUCACAGAGAGUGAAAGUGGAGAGAUCAGUAAUGAACAUGAGGUGAGACAGAUUGAGACACAAUCCAGAAGAACAACAACAGAGGAGACACCAAUCAAAUGUAAUGACAUCUUUAAACCUUUACCUGAACAAGACAAACACAUCAGAAGUGUGCUGACAAAGGGAGUCGCUGGCAUUGGAAAAACAGUCUCUGUACAGAAGUUCAUUCUGGACUGGGCUGAAGAGAAAGAGAAUCAGGACGUCCACCUCAUAUUUCCACUUCCUUUCAGAGAGAUCAAUUUGAUGAAGAACAAAACACUCAGUCUUUUAGAUCUUCUUCAUCUUUUCUUCCCACAAACAAAAGAAAUGGAAAUCUUCAGUGAUGAAUAUAAAGUGUUGUUCAUCUUUGAUGGUUUGGAUGAGUGUCGUCUGUCUCUGGAUUUUCACAGCAAUGUGAGGUUGUGUGAUGUAAGUGAAUCAACCUCAGUGGACGUGAUGCUGACAAACCUCAUCAAGGGGAAUCUGUUUCCCUCUGCUCUCAUCUGGAUCACCUCCAGACCAGCAGCAGCUGAUCUCAUCCCCUCUGAGUGUGUUGAUCGAGUCACAGAGGUACGAGGCUUCAGUGAUCCACAGAAAGAGGAAUACUUCAGGAAGAGAAUCAGUGAUGAGAGUCUGUCUGAUCAAAUCAUCUCACACCUGAAGUCAUCCAGGAGUCUCUACAUCAUGUGUCACAUCCCAGUGUUCUGCUGGAUUUCAGCCACUGUUCUAGAGAGAAUGUUGAGUGAAGCAGAGAGAAGAGAGAUCCCCAAGACUCUCACACAAAUGUACACACACUUCCUGAUCAUUCAGACAAACAUCAAACAUCAGAAAGACUAUGAGAGGAAAGAUGAAGACAUGAUCUUCAAACUGGGGAAACUGGCUUUUAAGCAGCUUCUGAAAGGCAAUCUGAUCUUCUAUGAUGAAGACCUGAGAGAGUGUGGCAUUGAUGUAGCAGAAGCAUCAGUGUACUCAGGAUUGUGUACUCAGAUCUUCAGAGAGGAGUUUGGUUUGUAUCAGGGGAAAGUUUACUGCUUCGUUCAUCUCAGCAUCCAGGAACAUCUAGCAGCUCUUUAUGCUCACAUCUCCUUCACAAACUACAACAGAUAUGUGUUUGAUCAAAGUCAAAAGGCAGGUUGGUUUUGUAAAAUGUUGGGCAGAUUUAAACCUAAAUCAUCAGAACAGGAUUCAUUAUCUGAGUUGCAUCAGCGAGCUGUAAAUAAAUCUUUACAGAGUAAGAAUGGACAUCUGGAUCUUUUCCUGCGUUUUCUUCUUGGUCUUUCACUGGAGUCCAAUCAGAUUCUCUUACAGGAUCUACUGACACAGAUGAGAAGAUGCUCCUACAUGAAAGAGGAAACUGUUAAGUACAUUACAGAGAAGAUGAAUGAGAAUCGGUCUACAGAGAAAUCCAUCAAUCUGAUUCACUGUCUGAAUGAACUGGGUGAUGAUUCACUGCUGCAGGAGAUUCAAGAUUUUGUGACAUCUUAUUCAGUAGGAAAGACCAAACUCUCCUCUUCACAUUGGGCAGCUUUAGUUUUUGUGUUGUUGACGUCUGAGCAGCAUUUGGAUGAACUUAAUCUAAAUAAAUUUAUUGGGGAUAAAAAUAAAGCAGAUGAAGUUCUCGUGAAACUGCAGCCUCUGAUUAAAGAAACCAAAAAAAUCAAGUUGAGUGAUUGUAAUAUCACGGAUGAGGGUUGUGUUGCUCUGACUUCAGCUCUGAGAUCAAACCCAUCACACCUGACUCAUCUGGAUCUGUCUGAUAAUAAUCUAAGAGAUUCAGGAGUGAAGCUGAUCUCUGAUGUACUGAAUAAUCCUGACUGUAAACUGGAGAUACUGAAGUUGAGUGAUUGUAAUAUCACAGAUGAAGGUUGUGUUGCUCUGACUUCAGCUCUGAGAUCAAACCCAUCACACAUGAGAGAUCUGGAUCUGUCUGUGAAUUAUAAACUAGGAGAUUCAGGAGUGAAGCUGAUCUCUGAUGUACUGAAGAAUCCUGACUUUAAACUGGAGAUACUGCACUUGAAAAAGUGUGAUAUCACAGAUGAAGGUUGUGUUGCUCUGACUUCAGCUCUGAGAUCAAACCCAUCACACCUGACACAUCUGGAUCUGUCUCGUAAUAAACUAAGUGAUUCAGGAGUGAAGCUGAUCUCUGAUGUACUGAAGAAUCCUGACUGUAAACUGGAGUUACUGAAGUUGUGUAGUUGUGAUAUCACAGAUGAAGGUUUUGUUGCUCUGACUUCAGCUCUGAGAUCAAACCCAUCACACCUGAGAGAUCUGGAUCUGACUGAGAAUAAUCUAAGAGAUUCAGGAGUGAAGUUGAUCUCUGAUGUAAUGAAGAAUCCUGACUGUAAACUGAAGAUACUAAAGUUGUGGUGUUUUAAUAUCACAGCUGAAGGUGAUGCUGCUCUGAUUUCAAACUCCUUACAUGUGACAAAACUGAAUUAUAUUAAUGUAGGAGAUACAGAAGUGAAGCUGAUCUCUGAUGUACUGAAGAAUCCUGACUGCAAACUACAGAUACUGGAUUUGGAGCAGUGUAAUAUCACAGAUAAAGGUUGUGUUUCUCUGACUUCAGCCCUGAGAUCAAACCCAUCACACCUGACACAUCUGAAUCUGUCUGUGAAUAAACUAAGAGAUUCAGGAGUGAAGCUGAUCUCAGAUGUACUGAAGAAUCCUGACUGUAAACUGAAGAUACUGAGGUUGAGGAGUUGUGAUAUCACAGAUGAAGGUUGUGUUGCUCUGACUUCAGCUCUGAGAUCAAACCCAUCACACCUGACACAUCUGAAUCUGUGUAAUAAUAAACUAAGAGGUUCAGGAGUGAAGCUGAUCUCUGAUGUACUGAAGAAUCCUGACUGUAAACUAGAGAUACUGGACUUGUAUGGUUGUGAUAUCACAGAUGAAGGUUGUGUUGCUCUGACUUCAGCUCUGAGAUCAAACCCAUCAUACCUGAUAGAUCUGGAUCUGUGUCUGAAUAAACUAAGAGAUUCAGGAGUGAAGCUGAUCUCUGAUGUACUGAAGAAUCCUGACUGUAAACUGGAGUUACUGAAGUUGGAGCAGUGUAAUAUUACAGAUAAAGGUUGUGUUGCUCUGUGUUCAGCUCUGAGAUCAAACCCAUCACACCUGACACAUCUGGAUCUGUCUAAAAAUAAUCUAAGAGAUUCAGGAGUGAAGCUGAUCUCUGAUGUACUGAAGAAUCCUGACUGUAAACUGGAGAUACUAAAGUUGAGUAAGUGUGAUAUCACAGAUGAAGGUUGUGUUGCUCUGACUUCAGCUCUGAAAUCAAACCCAUCAUCACACCUAAGAGAUCUGUAUCUGUUUGAGAAUAAACUCACAGAUUCAGAAGUGAAGCUGAUCUCUGAUCUAAAAGAUGAUCCACAUUAUAAACUACAGACAGUACGUUGGUAGUAAAGAUGUCUGUCUGAUCUUCAGUAUGAUCUGAUGGUGAAUAAGACGACACAAUAGUGACAUCACAGACACUUCCUCUUAACCCUAUGAGUUGAUUAUUCAGUACAGGAUCUGUAUAUGUAUAAAUGUAUAAAGCCAUACUGUAUGUAUAAAGCCUCCUAAGUGUUAAGACUAGGUCUCAGCUCCUAAAUUAUUUAAGAGAGCUGGAGAGGUCUCCUAACCUAGUUAAGAGUAAUAAGAGGGCAGCAGAGAGGUGGAGAUCAUGAACUUUACAACAAAGAAUGUGUUGGAAUUAUUUUCAUUCAAAUGUAUUUCUAUAGCACUUUUGACUAAUUUGUUGUUGUAUUGUUGCAAAGCAAAACAUUUACAGUAAAUAAAUGUUAGUAUAUAUACAGUAGAUAAACAUUAUUUAUUACGUAAGGGAUAAUGUAGAGGCAGCCGGUAGUUAUUGGGAAAUAAGGCCCGACAGUGUGAUCAGGACCCGACGCGAAGCGGAGGGUCUUGUAUCACACUGAAGGGGCUUAUUUCCCAAUACUGUAACUACUGGCUGCCUCUACAUUAUCCCGCUUAUUACACGGCUACUUGCCACAUAAGAAAAAAAACUGGACAUGAAUAUGAAUUUGAAACAUUUUAUUGGCAUAUUUGUUUUAAAUUAACAUUUUUAUCCUUCCGCGAAACUUUGCACAGAUGCAUAAAAUGAUCGUAAUACCUUAUUAAGAUCCUCUGCUUCAUACUUGUCUGUCUCCAUUUUUUUUCUCUUUAACCAGUCUUUGAGAAGUUUUAAUUCCCAUUCUGUAUUUUUUUGUGUGUUGGCUUCGUAGCUGUCAUGCUCUAUUUUGUCAAGUUCAGUCUCAGUAAGCUCUCUGUGUCUUGUCGUGGUUGUCUAGUGUUUGUCACAAGAUGGCGCCAAACAGACAGUAAUCUUUAUUGAUCUUUAUUGGCGCGGAGCGAUUUUACUCGUGUAAGUAGUCCGGCUAUGCGUUAUUAUUUUGGAGCGGUUAUUAUUUGAAAAGAACGAACCUGCAAAUGUCUCAACUGACCAAUCAGAAUCAAGCAUUCCAGAGAGCCGUGUAAUACAGGUAAAUAAAAUACCAUAAAAUGUAAAUAGAAUUUACAAUAAAAAAUGUUAAGUAUCUACAAGAUUGCAGUGGCACUAAUAAUAUUACUUGACAUAUAAUGGAGUAUACAACCCCUGACCCAAAACAUAAUGUUAGCAAUGUUAGCAGUAAGAAAGCAAAAGGUGAAAGUGACUAAAGAUGGCAAAAAUGGUGUUUAUAGUGAAGAAAUCCAACUUAACUUGAUCAUCUUGUUCAGGCUUGAUCAUCAAAGUAUUUUUUUAACUAAGUGUUUGCAAACUUUAGUCUUUUCUUUAUAAACAGCUUGUGAGUGAAAUCAAAAUGAUGUGAUUCAUCAUCUUAAUUUUUUAAAUAGCAUAACGUUCGUUUGUUUAUUUCAUUAACAUGUUGAAACUUAAUCAUAAUGUUACACAAUCGUGUAAAAUAAAUGCAUGUACUUAUUUGUAAUAUUGUUAAACAUUUCGUAAAGCAAUUUAAAUUGAAAUAUUUAAAUAGUAAUAUAGUUGUAAUGUCUUCAUGAUUCGUGAAUGUAUGGUGUCAAUUAUUGUAUAAAGUAAUGACUGAAUAAAAAGAAGGGGUGGGAAAUUAAAUGCUGAAGAAUAAAGACAAAACAUCAAGCUUUUGAAGUCAUAAAGAUAGGACAUCGUAGGACAAAGAGAUUAUGAUAAGAUUA